UUUCACUUUUGCAAUAUGAAAGUAAAACGUGUAAAUAACGUAGACGAUACUUGACGAGAGUUUAAUCUAAAUUGAAGCUUAACUCUGAGAGACGCAUUAUCUUAAAUCAAAUAUUAUCCUGUAUUAGGUGUCAUGCUUAAAAAUGGGGACAUAUUCUCUAACUUAUGGUGACAGAGAGUCAGGGGGAAAGUUAACGUCAUUCAUAGACGAUGCCGUGAACCCGGAUGCAAACUAUCUUGAUAAGUGUGGAGAAUGCACCAAUCUGAUUGUUAGCUUUAUGUAAAAAGUCACCCCAUAUAGCAUUGCAUCAACUAUUAAGGGUGGUUCUCUGGGUAAAGGAACUGCUGUGAAAAGAAAAUCCGAUCUUGAUAUACUUUUCGUGGUGAACGACAUAAAAUCUAUUGAGGACCUUAUGAAAAAAUUGAAACAAAUAAAGCAUGAGCUUCAUACCGCACUCUGUUGUGGAACGUUUUCUUCCGUUAAUGGUCCAUUAUCAAAAGAGGAAAAAGCACGACGGAGACAUCUAAAGAAAAAUAAACCGUUUAAAGUGUCUGAUGUAAGAAGGACACCAUUUACGAUUUCGUUUACUAUGACGUUACCUGAUGGUACCAGUAUGCCUGUUGAUUUAAUUAUCGUACCAAAUUUACCAAAGGGUGGUAUGGAUGGAAACUUCACUAAAGAGGAUUUGACAAAUAUAUAUCAACAAAUGAAAGCAAACCCAGAGCAGAGAGAUUAUUAUGCCAAAUGUUUGUCUCCCGUUCAAGUGUCCUUUGUGAAAAAUCAACCAGAAAAAGUGAAAAGAGCCAUUCGGGUGACAAAGGACUGGGCAAAAUCAAACGAGCACAAACUGCCAUCGUAUGCCAUAGAACUGUUAGCUAUAAAAACAUAUGAAGAUUUCAACAGACCAGAACCUGGUGGGAUUACAGAAGAAAAAAUUGUUAACGGAAUAUUUGAGCAACUGAAAGAUUGCAAAAAUAUGAAGGUUGAGUGGGAUACAAAUCACAACCUUGACGAUUAUGGAAGACCUGAUGGUCCAUACAUAAUGGAUCCAGCUAAUCCUUAUCACAAUCUUUUUCGUCCAAAAACAGAGGAGUAUUGGAUCAAUUGUAAUGAAUCAGAAAGAGUUAUCCUUAGUGAGCCGGACAUUUCAAGGAUAGAAAGUGAUGCAGCUAUUGCUCUAGAAAGUAUGCACUAGGUCGCAUGUGAUGUCUGAUUUCUAAUUUGCCACAAACAAUUGAUUUAUUAUAGCCGAAAAUGUGCUUACAAGAAUAAAUGUAACAGCUUCAAAAGACAAA